AUGAGUGGCGAUACGGUUCGCACGCUCCCCAAUGGUUACACGUAUGUGUUGGUGCACUUCUAUUCUUCGGCCGAGGCGAAGGCGAAUAUCUUGCCGACUGUAAUAUCUUUCUUCGAGUUAUUCGCAACUGUUGGGCUUCUCGUCGCUAUCGUGCUAUCUGCUGUUUUCACUCGUAACGCCAAGGACUCUAAUAUCUUUGUACGAACAUCGCUUGUAUUCUACUUUGUCUCUGUCCUCGCAUGCGAGGCUCUAUCUGCGCUCUCGGGCGUCAUGACCGCGACCUGGAUCUCAGAUAUGCAGGUCUUCUCUGGCGGUCUGUGCACGGCACAAGGCUUCUUCCGUCACUUCUCGGAUGUCGGCCUGGCAAUCUGGACGGUGGUCAUCACAGUCCAAGCCUUUCUAACCCUAUGGCGCGCGCAAGAGUACGCCGACGAGGAAGCCGUAUUGCAUAAGCUCUCCAUCACGAUCUACGGCCGCACUAUGCCGCGCAUCAUGUUCUACAAGUGGUUUGUGCUGGCGACUGUAUGGUUCUCCAUCGGCUUCAUCGUCAUGCUUGGACCCGCCAUUGGGUCCAGCACUGAUCAUGGCAACUUCUACGGUGUCUUCGGAGAGUCUUGCAGUAUCACGGCGGGCUAUCUUCCCGAAAGCAUUGUAUUCUCGUCCCUCAUAUUCAUCGUAGCGGCCUUCACGUCCAUCGGCUUGUUCAUCUGGAUGUCGUUCGUAAUCAAGCCGCGAUCUUCGGAGUCUAGCGCUGAAGUAGGCUUCGGGGAGAAGGAUAAAGCUGGAAAGCUAUCUAUCGAGGUGGCGCGGUACAUGACGUGGUACCCGUUCAUCUACUUCGUUUGCGUUACGCCCGCUCUUAUCGAGACUAUGAUCUUCUGGUCAGGCGCUGCAAUCCCCGUUGGCUACUCCGUGUUUGUCGAUACCGUAUACCAUCUGAUGGGUAUCAUCAAUGCGUCUAUCUUCGUAUUCACGCCCCAUCCCGGCCCUCUGCUGCCGCAUAGACCGGAGUCGCCUCCACCUCCAAGUGCACCGCGUGAUCUGAACGCUGAGGCUGAGAAGGUCAAGGCACAAAUCGUCGCCGCUGGUGUAUCUUUGGGCGGAGAGUCGACGAACAUUCCGCCUCCAGCAGGAUCCCCUCCGAGUGAACCGAGCCCUCCAAAACGUCGAACUUCGCGCGCGCGCGACCCGCCUUUCCCUCUCCGCUCCGUAUCGCCCGAACCUGUGCAGCGGUACACGUCCUUCCGUGAUGCUAUCAAAGCUCGCGACGAAGAGCUCGGCUUUGCGCCAGUUGGCCCAACAGAAGUUCCAGCAACUACCGUCGAGGAACGGAAGCCGACGCUCGAAGAGCACACAGACGAGCCUCCCCUGAAGCAGGAGAACUCUGUCACCACAAAGAAAGAUGAUACUCGUGCUGCUAUGAAGGCUGCCACGAGGCAAUCAGGCGCGCCGUCGAGCAUCUACUCCCAAACGUCGCCUCUCCCUGUACCUUCAUCCCCUUUGCGCAUCACCGUGCCUUCUCGCGGUUUCGUCCGUCCUGGGCGCGAUCAACCUUUCCCGAUCGUUACUCUACCCAACAACCCAAGACCCAAGGGCGUUGAAGUUCGCAUCGAAGGAACGGACAAGCAGCCGGAGGUAAAGGUCGUUGUACAACCACCACCAUACAACUCGCCGCCGUCACCGCAGACUGCACCCGCCGUCUUUGACCAAACUCUUGUCGCCGCUGCUCGCGAUGCCCCACGAUCACCGUCGCCUUCACCAGGAGAUACCAUUGUUCUCGCACGCUCGAGCUCCCGAUUCGCGAAGGAGCAAGAAAAGUGGAUGCAACGCGUCGUACGAGAGAGUCGCUCGCUUGUUUCCCGCCGCACUCUUCCCGUCCCGUGGCUUCCUCAACGGCCCAAUGGCGAACCUCAGUCUCCCGACUCAUUCAUGGACGCCGAGGCCGCUGCCAUCGAACGCUCGCACUCCGAGCCAUCCAACUCGAACCCUGAUUCUCCGACCUCGCAUCACAAGCGCAAGGUACACUUCGCCUCGCAAAGCUCGACACCGCCUCCCAAUGAGUGGUAUGUCGGCCUGCUGCAAGCGGCCGGUCUCGGCGCGCGCGUCUCGCGCAACAACAGCAAAACGCAGAUCAAGGCGCAGGCAGAGCCGGAAGUCCCUCAUUCCGCGCCUCUCCCUCGCAAGGCUGUCACCGACGUCGCGACGGCAUGGCGUCCCUACAGGGACGCAUUCAAGGCAGCUGGUGCGAGUUCCGCUGCCACUGCCGCACCGACAAGCCCGCAGAGCGCCGCGUCGGACGAAACUUUGCACUCCGCAGAGCCUAUGGCUGCGGCAUGGCGUCCAUACACAGAAACUGUUGUGCGGGCACCUGAAGCGAAGGAGACAGCCGCGACUGUUGAGGCCAUCACUCCCGCCGCACCUGAACCGCCAAUUGUGUCGGACGCGGACCUCACCAGUAGCCCGGAGUCGACCUUGGAUGAUGAGGUUCUGACGGCACAGACCGCACGAAGACCACAAGUUCCAGCUCAGAGUGUAUUGCUCAAGGCAGUGCAGGCAGAGUCGGAGCGGGAGCUCGACGCAGUGCUAAGUAAGUGGGGCGCAAAGGCUACGAAGAAGCGCGAUGCUUCCCCGCGGCGGGUUCAUGGUCAAGAUGCAACACCGCAGGGUGCCGAGGGUGCACAAGAUGCCAUUGCGUCGGCGACGGGCGACUAUGGAAUGGAGACAGCAUGGGUGUGUAGGGAGGUACCGGGUGAAGAGGGAGUCUGGGAGUGCGAAGAGCGAAUCGUAGAUUCUUACUUGGACAGAUCAGGAGGUAGCUUGCCUCGCGAUGGACUCACUGCGUAG